AUGAAACGUCUCGCUACCUUUGUUAUCGUGCUCACCACGUAUGGCAUCGUUCCAUACACUGUGGCGGCGGGUAAUUACGACGCUAUUCUGAGUCCUGACGCCGGCACAACCUGGUUUCGAGGCGAGAAACAGAAUGUGAUCUGGGACUCCUUCAAUAUGCCCGCCAACCCUGGACAUUCUCUUCUAACGCUGGCGUACAACAAUCAAUCUACACCUCUCGUCUUUGGUGAAGACUUCGAUCUCUCGAGUGGACGAAUGGGGGUCACAGUCCCAUGGGUCGACGAGGGUUCAUCUUACCAAGUUUGGCUUACCGUGACAUACAUUCCUACCUCAGCCGGCGGGUCAGUCACGGUGGAGAGUACGAGAGACAGCAUGGCACCUGGACCACUGAGCUGUCCCACCAACGUCGCCGCGCUGCAGUCGUCCCCGACGCGGGCGGUGAUGAUGGGAAAGAAACGAUCUGCAGACAAGCCGACCCCACCGAACUAUCGGCCGUCCGAGCCGCCUGCAUCCACAUCUAUAUUCGAGACGUCGGCGACCAGUAGUACACCGUCGUCAGAGACCAGCAUGCCGUCGUCAAGUGCUCAGUCUGCGGAAGCGACUUCAACUUCAACCUUCGCUGCCACGAGUCCCGCCUCAGCAUCCGCCACCGCUACAUUUUCUAGCACCGAGGGGGACGAUAGUCCGGGGUCGUCUCUGGCAGGCUCUUCGGGGACCAUGGAGGCAUCGUCAGAGACCAUAGCCAGUAGCACGAUGUCUUCCACGUCCGCUUUAGCUUUGCCGAGCACUGCUGCCACCCCACCUUCGGGUACAACGUCAGGUGCUCAGGCGACUUUUACGAUCUACAAGAGCCCAUACUUCGAGAUCAAGCAGCGGAAGGACAGCGGCUCGGCCGCAGAUGCCCGAUAG